UAAAUAGAUAGAGACCUCAGUUCUGCCAAUUCAUACUCCUCUUCCUCAUAAAAGUACAGUGUCACUUCUCUUUGUCCAUUGCACCAUUAUUCUUUGAUAUGGAAGAAGGCAACCAGAAAGAAUUGCAACUUCUUCCAGCUGAUUCACAAACGACGCCUUCAUCAUCAAAUGCUUCAGCUUGGCCCUCAUCAGAAUCCUCCAUAAAACUCCGAUCAACGACCGAUCCCUUCGAGGGACCAUCACUAGACCUUCAGUUGUCUAUCAGCUUCAGAACUAUAAGGACUGGUACUACUGCGAAAGAUUACACUAACAAUGAUAAUCUGAUGAUGAAAUCUGAUCCAUCAGGGCGCGUUGAGGCCUUGAAAUGGCAGGCCGCUGAGGAAAUUAGGCUGGCUGCCAUGGAGAAGGCGUAUGCUGAACGUGUGAGGGAGCUUAGCAGGCGAGAAAUGGAGCUGGCGCAGACCGAAUUCGCCCGUGCUAGGAACAUGUGGGAGAGGGCUCGUGAUGAGGUUGAGAAGGCUGAAAAUUUGAAGGAAAGAGCUACUCGGCAGAUGGAUUCUACGUGCAUGGAGAUCACUUGCCAAUCUUGCAGGCAAAAAUUUCGACCUUCAUAAAAUCUUUUCCAAAUUAAAACCCAAACAAAGAAAAAAAAAUUUCCCACUUUGAGUAUUAAUUAGUACUAUUUUUCUAACUUUGUUCAGAGGCUAUAUAGCGUUACUGAGCUGUGUGACUUGUGAUAUAUAGCGCUAACUCUUGCAUCACGGUUUCAUCAUUGAUUAGCAUUCUAAUAGUACAUUUUAUUGUGCUAAGACAGUUGAAUCAGUAGGAGUGAUGAAAUGGUGAUUCGAAUUUGAGUAUCUGUAUUGUUUGUCAUGGAUAAGGAGUACCUGAAGUUUUGUUUGACUGAAAAAAAGUUUGUAUAUGGAGGAAGCAAGAAAUAAAGUCUUGUAUUAAUCUUA